AUGCUCCUUCUCUCUGUGUCUCUCUCCAUGUCCCCUUCUUUCUUUUGCCUCGAUCCCCCCUUCCCCUCCACCCCACAUCCCACCCCAGCUGACGCGGGGACUGAAGGUGGAGGGAACAAUGCUGCAGCGCGUGCACUGGCUGCGGCAUCGCAUGGCGUGUGCUGUCACUGCUAUUCUCGACCACGUGGCACAUGCGAAUUGCGUGGCAUCUGCUGUCACUGCCCUUCUUUAAAAACCUCUUUUUCCCCUUCCCUCCCCUUUCCCUCCCUUUCCUUUCCAUCCCUUUCCCUUCGCCUCCCUUUCCUUUCCCUCCCUCUCCCUUCCCCUGCCUUUCUUUUCCCUCCAAUCCCCUUCCCUCCUCUCAUGAUAACUUUCCCUUUCCCUCCUUUUCCCUCCCUUUCCCUCCCUUUCCCUCCUCCCUCCUCCCCUCAUGAUAAUCCCCAUUCAACACGUCCCUCCCUUAAGCCCCAUUCAUCACGUCCCUCCCUUAAGCCCCAUUCAUCACGUCCCUCCCUUAAGCCCCAUUCUUCACGUCCCUCCCUUAAGCCCCAUUCAUCACGUCCCUCCCUUAAGCCCCAUUCAUCACCCCCAUUCAUCACUGGAUUAAUCACUUUGUUGCAACCUCCUCCUGCUGCAUCUCGUCAAGCACUUACCCUUCGCCACAUGAGCACAUCAGCACAUGCUCAUCUCCCUCCUCCCUCGCAUCAACAUCACGUUGUUCGCCCACUCAACUGCCAAGUGGUUUCCCCGACUUUCUUCCCCCCUUCCCCUUCCAUCUCACCCACCUCCCUGCAGAAACUAUCCUCCCUCCUCUCCAUCGCCCUUCGCUUCGCCACCACCGUCAGCACCACCAUCCACACAGCCUCCUCUCUCCCAACCCUUGAUUCGUCAUCGUCAUCAUCAGCAACAGGAGGAGGAGGAUGGGGAGGAGUAGGAGGAGCAGGAGGAGGAAGGGGGGGUCAUGGGGUGGAGGGUAGAACCAGUGGAGGCGAGCUCUCUGAUUACGCAUACGGGGAUGCCACGUCAGAUGCCAAGGGGCGGGCGGCGCGGGCGGCAUUCCGUCGGCAGUUAGCAGCAGAGGAGCUACAGCAUGGUUUGGAGGAGGAGGGGUUUGUUGAAGAGAUGAGGGCCUCACACACUGCCUUCACAGCUUCUCUCCGGGCCGCCACUGCUGCCAUCGCAUCUGCCCUGCGAGACCAUCCUGUGCUGCUCUCCCUCCACCUCGCCCUCACCGCCGUUGCCAAAGGCCUUCCUUAG